AUGUCAGCUAGAAUUGGGCGGCUGCGGGGCCUGUGUCUGCGCCAUGUGAGCUCGACAAGGCAAACGUCGCCCAUCCAGCGACGCUUCCUGAAUCAGUUUAUUUCCAGAGUGCAACAAGAUGACCUACCUGUGCUCGAACAGCGGCAAUUCCGUCUUGCCGUAAAAGACAACAUUGCCACGGUCUCUCCCAACCCCGAAGAGGAAACGCCUCUGACGACGACAUGCGGCUCCAACUUCCUCGCCAACUACCGCAGCCCCUUCGAGGCCACCAUCGUCACCCAAUUGCGAUCGCGCGGCGCUCUCUUGGUCGGCAAGACCAACCUCGAUGAGUUCGGCAUGGGCAGCCACUCGGUACAUACGGCCUUUGGAGCAGUCGCGCAGGAGGGGGAACAGCAAGCAGUCAACAAGCACUCCGCAGGCGGCAGCUCAGGUGGAAGUGCCGUAGCGGUAGUCACCGGCGAAGCGGACAUUGCUCUUGGCACCGACACGGGCGGCUCAGUCCGGUUACCGGCCGCGUACACGGGCGUGGUGGGAUUUAAGCCCUCGUACGGAAUGAUCUCACGCUACGGCGUGGUUCCGUACGCCAACUCGCUCGACACGGUAGGAUUACUGGCCAAGGAAGUGCGGCCCAUCACUGAGCUUAUUCUCGGAUCGGGAGAGGCCGAGGGUCUCUGGGCCGAACACGACCCACUCGACCCCACGAGCCUUUCCCCGGGAGCGCGCAGACGAUGCGCCAGCCAACGGGACUGCUACCAUAGCGGUCCUCUCUCCAAGCACCCAUACCCGCUCAAGAAUCUCAAGUUCGGCUUGCCACUAGAGUACAACAUCACCGAACUCUCGCCCUCGAUCCGCGCCGCCUGGUCCGCCGCCGCCGCCAAGCUGCAAUCCCUCGGCGCCCGCCUCGUUCCCGUCUCCCUGCCCUCGACCCGCCACGCCCUGUCAGCUUACUACGUCAUCGCGCCCGCCGAGGCUUCGUCCAACCUGGCCAAGUACGACGGCAUCCGGUACGGUACGCGGUUUACGUCUCCUACGGAAAGUGAUGCUGCUGUUUCAGAAGGACAGGAAGAAGCACAAGGAAACCUCUACGCCCGCGCCCGCGCCGCCGGUUUCGGUGAUGAAGUCAAGCGCCGCAUUCUUCUAGGCGCGUACACGCUCUCCUCGGCCGCUAUGGACAAUUACUUCCUCAAAGCGCAAAAGGUGCGGCGGCUGGUGAGGCGGGACUUUAACCGCGUUUUUGCGCUGCCUAACCCUCUGCUGGACAAACCGGAGAGCUUUGAGCUCAGCGAGCUGCCGGAGACGGUCGGGCUGGAGGAUAAGUGGGGGCCUACGGAGGUGGACUUCCUGCUGUGUCCAACGGCGCCGAUGACAGCACCGAAGCUGGAGGAAGUGCUGAGUGAGGAGGAGAAGGAUCCCGUCAACGCUUAUAUGAAUGAUGUUUUUACUGUGCCGGCGAGCUUGGCGGGGUUGCCGGCUAUUAGUGUGCCGAUGAGGGUUCAAGAAGAAAAGGAGGGGACGGGUAUGGCUGGGUUGCAGCUUAUUGGGCAGUAUUGGGAUGAUGCGAGACUGUUGGCUGUUGCGGAGGCUGUGGCUGGUGUUGUUGGCGAGGAGCUCUAG